GCGCGCGGCGCGGCCGGGGAUUUCCAAGCAGUGUAGCAAAGGAGACGGCGGCUGCUGCUGAUGCAGUUACACCCCGACCCUGACCCUGAUACACCCCCACCCUGGUACACCGACACCCGGCGCUGAUACACCCCCACCCUGGUACACCCCCACCCUGGUACACCCCCACCCUGAUACACCCCCACCCUGACACACCCCCACCCUGAUACACCCCCACCCUGAUACACCCCCACCCUGAUACACCGACACACAGUGGCCCUGAGACCGGGGGACACGGACACAGAGAGCUACCGGGGCCAAACGGGGGCAGAGAGAGAGGGAACGGGACACUGGAGAGGCCCCACCGACCGGGUUAGUGCAACGGGACAGACGGCCGCUAACAGGCAGCGGGACAGACGGUCGGAGGCGAACAGGCCUGACGCUGGCGUCGGUUCAAACGGCGAGGGGGACGGGCGGUGGCGGCAUGAAGAGCAGGAAACAGGAGCAGCUCCCGGGGCCGCUAUGCCCCCCAGGUCCCAGUCCGUUUCUACAAGCUGAGCAGAAUUUUGAUCUGAACGUGCUGAACGAAUAUAUCAUGAAGGACCUUGAGGACCUUCAGCCCACACAGCCAUGUGACUUCAACGAUGUCCAUAUUGGGGAGAUUAGGAACCAACUAAUGGACCAGGUACCCAGUUGGGCCUGCAACAUCACCGAUCUGCUGCCCGCCUCCGCAGGGUCCCCUCUGCUGGUCCCCAGAGGCACGGGGUCCCCCCAGCUGGUCGCCAGGGGCCCGGGGCCCACCCAGAUGCCCCCCAGGGGAGGCCUGGGGCCCAGCCAGCUGGUCAGCCGUGGCCCGGGGGCCCCACAAGCGGGUUCCAGGGGAGCGGAGGCGAAGCACCACGGGUCAGGCCGGGGCGCCAGGAGCAGGGCCCCGUCGCUCCCGGAGCCACGCUGCUUCCCCGGGCUGGGCCCCGGUAGCGUUGCCGAGGACCCGGCCCCAAGGCUGGUCAUCACCGAGCAGCCCAAGCAGCGCGGCAUGAGGUUCCGCUACGAGUGCGAGGGCCGGUCGGCGGGCAGCAUCCCCGGCGAGAACACCACCGAGAUCAACAAGACCCUCCCCACCGCCCAGAUCCAGAACUGGCAUGGGGAGGUCAAGAUGGUCAUCUCCCUGGUGACCAAGGAUACCCCAUACAAGCCUCACCCCCACAGUCUGGUGGGCAAGGACUGCCAGAACGGCAUCUGUGAAAUUACCGUCAGUCCCAAAUGCAACAUGAAGGCCAGUUUCGCUAACCUUGGCAUUCAGUGCGUGAAGAAGAAAGAAACGACCAGAGCUGUCGAACACAGGUUGAAAAUCGGGGUUGACCCGUUCAACGUUGGAGAUUCCCUCAACUACCUGGAGGACAUUGACAUGAACGUGGUGCGUCUCUGCUUCCAGGCCUUUAUCAAGGACCCAUACAUCGCCCUGACUCCCGUGCUCUCAGAACCCAUCUACGACAAGAAAGCCACCAACACGUCGGAGCUGCGUAUCUGCCGACUGAACAAGGACUGCGGAGUUUGCACGGGCGGUGAAGAGCUCUUCCUCCUGUGUGAUAAGGUGCAGAAAGAGGACAUUACUGUCGUCUUCUCCGGCGAUAGCUGGGAGGCGCGCGGCGUCUUUUCCCAGACGGACGUCCACCGCCAAAUCGCCAUCGUGUUCAAGACGCCGCCGUACAGUGACAUCGACAUCCAGCAGCCGGUGUCGGUGAGCCUGCGGCUGUACCGACCCUCCGACAAGGAGUACAGCGACCCCUUCGAGUUCCGCUACACCCCCAAGGACAUCGAUUACUAUGGCAUUCACCAGAAGUGGAAAAGGAAGAUCAAGUUCCCUCCGAUCAGCACAUUUAUUGACGCUAACAUGACUUUACCGGAAACAGCAACGGGACCGAAAAAUCCAAUGCCUUAUCGAGCGGCGGAGAGUGAGAGAUUUCCGGACUCGAGACACGCGCAAAAGCCCUGGGAGUUCUUCGACGAGAGAUACCCGACCUUCGGCCCCGAAACAUCUACGAUGGACUCCGUGAACGACUUGUACGGAGGAGGCUGCAAGAAAGAGGAGCCUGUGGACUGGAGUACCGGUCGCUACGGGGCCCGGGUGGAUGAAGUGUUGCGCGUUAGAGAGGGGGAGAUGUUUACCUCUGCAUUCGGUAGCGCCAGGCUGCAAGGGGGCGACAUGGGCCUGGCUGCUUCCGCAGAGGCGGGCUACCUGAACCCCUACACCUUCGGGGAGUUUCCUCAGGUGGACGAUGAGCUGCCCAGUAUUCUGGCCACCAGCAUCACCAUGCCAGAUGACCAAGCCGGAGGCAAAGGCUGAGAGGCGAGCCCAUUUGUAGGGUGAGAAUUGGGGGGGGCAUUUGAUUGGGAAGAGGCGGGGGAGGGGG